AUGGCAGAGCUAAGUGCGGCCGCAACCUUCACACCCAGCGAUGAAGAACUCAUUCAUUUCCUUUCCGACAAGGUGAAAGGCCAAUCAAUGGACGAGGACGCCGCCAUCAACAUCCACGAAUGUGAAUACUUGUACGGCCGCAACAAGAACCCUUGGGACAUUUGGCGGGACUUCGCCGGCGACGUUGAUGCCGGCAGGACCGCCCUUUUCUUCUUCUCUCCCACCAAAAAGCACCAUUCCACAGCCUCUCGCCCCAUCGGAGCCGGCGUCUGGGAAGCUGAAGCCGAAACCAUUGACGGCGAAAGCAUCGUUGGCAAGGGCAAGAACCGCCGUAUUGGGACCAAGAAAUGUUUCGUCUUUGACAAGAGUGGCACCUCCUACGAUGGUGCAUGGAUCUUGCAUGAAUACACUCUUCAUGGAUCCUCGCUCCACACUAAUACUUCAGUGGAUCAUAGCUAUGUUAUAUGCAAAUUGAUAAAGAAUGUAGAAGGUGAAGCUCAUCCAGUUGAGGUGCAGUUUGGAGACAAAAGAAAAAGGCACGGUCAAUCUGCCACCACCAGCGGCGUUCAAAUUGAUGUUAACGCUCCUCAUUCAUAUGUGGUGCUGACCAAUUGUCAUAUAUAUUUUAAGAGGAACACUAAAGAGCAAGAGGUCCAAUUCAUACCAAAUGAACUUGGCAGGCGAAUGUUGUUGGAAAUGUUUGAGGGUAAGUAUAUGAAAGAUGAUGAGGAUGGUUUAACUCUUUCUGAUGGUUUAACUCAUCAGAAACCUCAUGCAGCUGCAAGGGGGAACAAGAAGAGGUGGAAAAGGCAUCUAAUUAUUGCAUAA